AAAGAAUGCAUCAUCUCUACACGUUGGCAAUAAUAAGCUCAGUGUAUCAUGCCCAAUAGAUCUUGUUGCUUAAAAAUUUUUCACGGUUUUUACAUUCACAUUUCUUGUGACAUUCUUCUCGCAGACGAAGAUCAAUCUAAGGUCUUUCAAAGCAAAAGCAAAUAUGCGUUUAGUAAUCUGUGAUACAGUAGACUAUGUUGCCGAAUGGUCUGCUAAGUAUGUCAUGAAAAGAAUCAAGGACUUUCAACCCAAUGAGAAUAAAUAUUUUGUUUUAGGACUGCCUACAGGUAGUACACCUCUUGGUAUGUACAAGAAAUUGAUUGAAUAUAACAAGCUUGGCAAAAUAUCCUUUAAGUAUGUGAAAACAUUCAACAUGGAUGAGUAUGUAGACUUACCAAGAGAUCAUCCAGAGUCUUAUCAUUAUUUUAUGUACAACAAUUUCUUCAAGCACAUAGACAUAGAUCCAAAAAAUGUACAUUUACUUGAUGGUAAUGCGCCAGACUUGGAAGCUGAAUGCAACGAAUUUGAAAAAAAGAUCACAGAAGCUGGGGGAAUAGAACUUUUUAUAGGAGGCAUCGGUCCUGAUGGCCAUAUAGCCUUCAAUGAGCCUGGUUCUUCUCUGGUGUCCCGAACCAGAGUCAAGACACUUGCUCAAGACACUUUGGAAGCAAAUGCGAGAUUUUUCGGUAAUGACAUAAAUAAAGUCCCAAAGCAGGCACUUACUGUCGGAGUUGGCACUGUAAUGGAUUCUGUGGAAGUUAUGAUUUUGAUUACUGGCUCUCACAAGGCAUUUGCACUCUACAAGGCUAUAGAAGAAGGUGUGAACCACAUGUGGACUGUUUCAGCAUUCCAACAGCAUGCUCGUACUCUAAUUAUCUGUGAUGAGGAUGCAACUCUUGAGCUACGAGUCAAGACCGUUAAAUAUUUCAAGGCUCUAAGCGUAGUGCAUCAGAAGUUGAUUGAGGAAGAUGGAACUGCAUUCCUACGCCGAUCUUUAAGCGAUUGCUGAAAUGAAUCUCUGGAAUAUCCAUAGUAAAUUGGUGGAAGAGACCAUCCCCUCAUUGUGUUAGAUGAGGUUUCAUGGAUUUUUUAAUAUUCGGCCAUUGAAUGUAA